CCGGGGUGCAUUUACAUAUCAUUGCGUAGACACACCAAUCAGCAAUCGGGUAAUUUACUCCUUUCUAUUACCAAAAACUUGGUUCGCUCCUCUUCACGUUCCACUAUAUCGUAAAAAUGACAACUGCCGAUAUCUAUAGUAGAUAGGCGAGGAAGGGCGCCUGUGGUGGUUAAUGAGAGCGGAUGGAGUACCAGAAAGGGUCAGUGCUAUGACAAAGUCAAGAUAUAUAAGGCACUUACUCGCUUAUUGAGUAGCCUGUGGUGCCUCGAGUACACUCAUAAGUUAGCCAGAAGUCUAAAUUGUCAAGUAAGAAACACACGAUGGGCUUUAUUUCUCGAUUUGCUACAGCCGUGACCCUCCUCGUAGGCCAUGGCCUUGCAGCUCCGGUCUCAGCUAGCGUCAAGUACUGCGAUGAGCCCACUGGUGUCUGCUAUUCCGAAAUAUCGAUCGGAGUAGCUCCUAUCGUCUGGCGUAUUGCUAUCCCAGAAGUGACAGAGGGCCCUUUCGAUAUCCUUCUCCAAAUUGUUGCGCCAAAGUCAGUCGGAUGGGCGGGUAUCGCCUGGGGAGGCGGCAUGCUGUAUAACCCCAUCUCUCUAGGCUGGGCGAAUGGAAACAGCACCGUUCCAGCCGCACGAUUCGCGGCGGCCCAUGUCCAACCGGAGAUAUACGAGUCGGCAAAUCACACUACACUUCAGGGGUCGACGACGAAUGCAACUCACUGGACCCUAACUACUCUCUGCCAGGGAUGUAGUACGUGGAUUCAUAACGGAGGUGCGAAAGAGACUUUAGAUCCAGGCGCGACGGCUGCAAGCUUCGCGUUCGCCGCGUCCGCAACACCUCCGAUCGACCCUACUGAUCCGGCAUCCCCUAUUGGCAUCCACUCCGAGCACGGAAUUUUCACGUUGGACUUGGCGGCUGCUAAAUCGGCGCAAUUCAACUCUUGGGUUGAGAAAUUGGGGGUAAAGCGUUAACUUGGGUUGCUUGGAGUUGAAGCAUUUCGGCUUGUACGAUUGAAAUACAGAUUGUAUAUCGAUGGAUAUGGUAGAUGUGGGUUGAGAUAAAAUCGAGGCAGCUUGCAUGUAUAUAUUUCCGCAGAGGCGAAAUGCUACGGACAAGAGUAUCAUUCUAAAUAGCGUUUCUGCUUCAAUGAACGGUGGUAAUACGAAUUGACUGACAUGUGCAAAGAGGUCGUCUAUAAUAGCAGGUAGUUCUUCUAGGUAAUCAUAACUACGGCCUUUCUGGAUACCGAGA